UUAGUGUCCGUGAGCGUGAAGAUCAGCAAAGAUCACACUACUGACCUGUUCGUUUCCGUGUCUCCUCUUCAAGGAUACGGGCUGCACAGCAGGGACACAGUAACAGGAAUAUUAAAUACAAAAUUAAACAAAUCGUUCUGGGUGUCAGGAGACGCUGUCAUGGACCUGGGAAAGAAGCUCAGCACUCCAAAAGACAUCAUGCUGGAGGAGCUGUCGCUGCUCUCCAACAGAGGUUCUCGGCUUUUCAAAAUGCGCCAGAGGAGGUCUGAGAAGUACACGUUUGAAAGCAUUCAAAACGAAGCAAACGCUCUGCUGAAUAAUGAUAUUUUGAAUCUUAACACACACUCUGUGGAAAUUAAAGUGGAGCCACCAGAACACGGAUGCUCUGCAAAUUCAUCUUCAGACAUGAUCGCAGAAAAGCUGGACACCACACAUGUGCAUAAGACUUACCAUUCACCAUGGGAGCAGGUCAUCCUGAGUGACCCCAACCUUGCUGAAACUCUCCAACUCAGAAUGCCAGAACCAGAGCCACGGCAGGAGCUCCCUGAAUACAAAUGCUUUAACCGGGUUGCGACUCCUUACGGUGGUUAUGAAAAAGCUCCAAGAGGAAUCACAUUCAAACUUCCUGAGGUGGACCUGAACCCGCCACAGUACCAGGAGCUCAACGAUCCAAGGGCCAAACGUCCCACCUUCAACAGGACGGCCCAAGGAUGGAUAUCUGAAGGCACUCAUCUCAUCCUACCCACUAUCACACUGGAGCCCUUCAGUGUGCCCGAAUCCGAUGACCUGUAGAUAAUUUUACUGGGAAAUGGGAACAUCAUGCCGCCUUUAGUGAUUCAGAUCAUCCUGCAAAACGGGACAGGGGGCAGUCUAUGAGUUACACAACUGCAAUUUAUUCACAGUAUAUAAUAUUUUAGCCAAUAAAAUUGAGAAAUCAGU